CAUCUCUAUCUAUAUAUAUAAAGAGAAUUUCACAUUCAUUUCCACACUCAUAGUCAUGGACAAAGAAUUCUUCACUGUCCCAGUUACUAGCCAGAGCUCCGACGAGGUCACUUUUGCUGAUACAGUUUUUGGGUUUUGGGAUUCAUCCGACUCCAUCAGCAACCACAACGACAACGAUGAUGAUAAUGACAAUGAUGAUAAUAUUUUUAUUGAGAAAAAUAAUAAAACUUUUUGGGAGGAACAAGAUCAACUUCUUAAGGGAAUUUUGUGCAGGACAAGUUCACGUGAGACAAAAGUUCGGGAAGCAACGAAGGAGGUUGUAGGAGAAUUGAAGGUAUCGGAGAUGGUGUGUAUUUGCCAACGGCAAGUGGUGGCUAAGAGUUGCAGGAAUUGUUUUCUGAGAGAAAUAUGUGAUCGAUUGUUGAACCUUGGCUACAAUUGUGCCAUUUGUAAAUCCAAAUGGAGGAGUUCACCCCAAAUCCCUUCAGGGGAACAUACUUACCUAGAAGUGACAGAUAAUUCAUCAAACACCAAAAGAGGGGCAGUAAAAGUGGUGAUUGAAUUGAGCUUCAGAGCUGAAUUCGAGAUGGCACGUGCCAAUGAAGAAUACAACCAAUUAGUUAAGCGAUUACCCGAAGUGUUUGUUGGAAAAUCAGAGAGGUUAAGAGCAUUAGUUAAGAUUAUGUGCUCAGCUGCAAAAACAUGCAUGAAGGAGAACAAAAUGCACAUUGCGCCAUGGAGGAAACACAAGUACAUGCAAGCUAAGUGGUUCGGCACGUGCGUGAGGUCCACGGUGGAACCAUUGCCUAUAACAUACUCUACCAAGCAACAAAAGCCUAAGGCUUCGUUGCUCACUUUUGAUUUAUUAGAUAGCAUUCAUGGCUUGCAUUGUGCUCCAGUUGAGGUCGUGUGAAAAUUAUGGGGUGGUGAACAAUCUUGUUAAUUAAUUAUUUAUGUUUUCGUGUCAUAGUAUAUGGUUGUGUUGAAUUCCUGUAAAAAUUAGUAAGUGAUUUUGGUGAUCAUGGUUUUGAUUCGAACCUAUGAAUGAUAAGAGAAAAUUAUUAGGUCAACUAUAAUGUAUGAUGGAAAUUUAAAAUUUCUAUAGGCAUGUUUGGUGUAGUUGAUUGUU